AUCCUAAGAAAGAGGAGACCCCAUAAGGAAGAUCUUAAGAGGUAGGCAAAGGUUUUUACUCUCUGUAGGCAUUUGGGCAAUACUCUUGAUUACUGUGAAAAUAAGAUGUUUGAGUUGAGCUAGGAGGUCAUAAUUCUUAAGUGAGAGCAUCUAAAAUCAGCCCCAUGAACAACAGAGGCUUUUCAUAAAACAGAUCAGCAAUUUUGUCAUGUUUCUCUUUUGCUAUCUUUGUUUCUGUUCUUUCCUAGUCUUUGAUCCACUAGAUGCUAACAGGAGAAAUACCCUCAGCUACACAUCCAGUGUUAACACUGUUCAGUUCAUGGUUAUCCACUGUUGUAUAUUUUAACCUGCAAUCUCAACACAACAGAGUCCUCCUUACCACAUGCAGCCAUGCUGAUUAAUCCUGUGAAAGAGAAUCUUAUAUUCUGCUCAACAUCAUCAUUGUUUCUUCCAGGGACUUUGAGGCAUUUUCCACUGAAGUGGGUGCCAUGAACUUACUUUACCUUCUCAUCGGUGUUGUUCUCUUGAUUUCUCAAGUCAUGGCAGAUCCUGAAGGCUGUAAACAGGAAAGACAGACUGAGUGGAAAGAUUUGGUACAGAAGAAAGGCACCUUCAUCAAUGCCUUCUUCAACAGUUAUGAGCACCGUUACUGUGACUCUCCUACAACAGUGUGCCUGAGGAGGAAAACAAAGUGUAUUCGUAUGCCGGGGUUGUGCCCUGGCAGGAGUUUCUGCUGUGUGAGAACCACAACCUGAGAAUUCACCUUUCCUGCCUUUCCUGAAUUACAUCAAAACAUUGAGACCCCCA